GCGCCGCAACUAUAAGAGGCGGUGCCGCCCGCCGUGGCUGCCUCAGCCCACCAGCCGGGACCGCGAGCCAUGCUGUCCGCCGCCCGCCCCCGGGGUUGUUAAAGCCAGACUGGGAACUCUCGCCACUGCCGCCACCGCCGCGUCCCGUCGCACCGUCGCGGGCAGCAGCCAAAGUCGCCGCAACUGCUGUACAGAGCGGGCAAAGCAGGCCAUGGGGCGCUGGGCGCUGCUGCCCGGCUGGGUUUCUGCUACGCUGCUGCUGGCACUGGCCGCUCUGCCCGCAGCCCUGGCUGCCAACAGCAGUGGCCGAUGGUGGGGCAUCGUGAACGUAGCCUCCUCCACGAACCUGCUGACCGACUCCAAAAGUCUGCAGCUGGUGCUCGAGCCCAGUCUGCAGCUGCUGAGCCGCAAACAGCGGCGCCUGAUCCGCCAGAACCCGGGGAUCCUGCACAGCGUGAGCGGGGGGCUGCAGAGCGCCGUGCGCGAGUGCAAGUGGCAGUUCCGGAAUCGCCGCUGGAACUGCCCCACUGCUCCAGGGCCCCACCUCUUCGGCAAGAUCGUCAACCGAGGCUGUCGGGAAACUGCUUUUAUCUUCGCCAUCACCUCCGCCGGGGUCACCCAUUCGGUGGCCCGCUCCUGCUCAGAGGGGUCCAUUGAGUCCUGCACGUGCGACUACCGGCGACGCGGCCCUGGGGGCCCUGAUUGGCACUGGGGGGGCUGCAGCGACAACAUUGACUUCGGCCGCCUCUUCGGCCGGGAGUUCGUGGACUCCGGAGAGAAAGGGCGGGACCUGCGCUUCCUCAUGAACCUUCACAACAAUGAGGCGGGCCGCACGACCGUAUUCUCCGAGAUGCGCCAGGAGUGCAAAUGCCAUGGGAUGUCUGGCUCGUGCACGGUGCGCACGUGCUGGAUGCGGCUGCCUACGCUGCGUGCCGUGGGCGACGUGCUGCGAGACCGCUUCGAUGGUGCCUCGCGCGUCCUCUACGGCAACCGUGGCAGCAACCGUGCUUCGCGGGCGGAGCUGCUGCGCCUAGAGCCUGAAGACCCGGCCCACAAGCCGCCCUCCCCCCAUGACCUCGUCUACUUCGAGAAAUCACCGAACUUCUGCACGUACAGCGGACGCCUGGGUACAGCGGGCACUGCAGGGCGCGCCUGUAACAGCUCGUCGCCCGCGCUGGACGGCUGCGAGCUGCUCUGCUGUGGCCGGGGCCACCGCACGCGCACGCAGCGCGUCACUGAGCGCUGCAACUGCACGUUCCACUGGUGCUGCCACGUCAGCUGUCGCAAUUGCACGCACACGCGCGUACUGCACGAGUGUCUGUGAGGCACUGCGCGGACUCGCCCCCCAGGAACGCUCUCGUCAAGCCCUCCUCCAAACAGACUCGCUGGCACUAAAGACCCUGAUAUUCGCCCACCCCAGUACCUUCAGCCGCACUCCCCGGCGGUUAUCCGUAUCCCAUCUCUCCCACUUCCUUCCACCUGGGGACUCCUCAAACCAUUUGCCUGGGGCAGCACGAACCCUCUUGCCAUCCUGAUGGACCUGCCGGGACCUACCUCCCUCCCUCUCCAUGGGAGACCCCUUGUUGCACUGCCCCUUGCUUGGCCAGGAGGUGUGAGAAGGAUGCAUCCCUCCCCCAACCCGCGUCAGCUCCUGACGGUGUUGCUCUGCCUAGUCCACUGCUCCAGCGACCUCUCUCCUUCCCCUCUGUGCUCCGUUUUCUCCAGGUCGUCACGGAGACGACCAUUCAUUCUCCUGGCCAGGGUGCAGACCCUGAACACACACCUGGGCAUCAGGGCCUUUCUCCUCCCCACCUGCAGCUGAAGCAGGAGGUUCCAGGGUGAAAGGGCAGCUGUGGUGAUGUGGAAAUGAGGUAGGGGGACCCCGAAGAAAUGCCCCCAUUCUCCCUCUGUCAUGGAGCCACUGAACAGCUGUGAGCCAUGCCUCCCCAAGCCACCUCCUACCCCUUCCUGUCCUGCCUCCUCAUCAGUGUGUAAAUAAUUUGCACUGAAACAACGUGGAUACAAAGCCACGAGUUUGGUUGUUGUAAAUAAAACUAUUUAUUGUGCUGGGUUCCAGCCUGGUUUGCAGAGACCACCUCCACCCCAACCCAACCCCUCUCUGCUCUUCUCUCCUUUUGCCCUCCAGCCUCUUCCAGUCCCUCCUCUUGGUUUCUCAAAGAUGCCUUUGCCUACUGAUAUCAGUAUUUCCUUUCACUGUAGCUAUUAGUGGCUCCUCACCCAACCAAUAUAGCAUCUUCCUCUGUAGAAUAAAAUCUCUAUUUUUAUCAAUGA